UCAUUGAUGAUUAAACUCCUUGUUUAACUUUUUUUUUCAUUCACAAUAAUUUUCACUUCCUCCUGUCUCUUCAAUCUUCAUCAUUCGUACGUACCGCCCUCUCUCAACCUUUCUUCUUCUCUCUCUUCCUUGUUUCAACCGAAAAAGCUGAAAACAACCCACUAACAGGGAACAAGUCCCUUCUUCACACGCAGGAGAGAUUCGAAAGCCACGAAAAUUUACACCGCACCACCCAAAAUUCUGUCACCCUCAGAUAGGUUGCUAUUGGGUAUCAAUAAAAUUACAUUUCCUGCCAAUUCUCGGCAGCUUCGUCAUUUCAAAUUCAUCACGGACUUAUCCAAUUUUAUGGGUUGAUCAUCGUACGGAACUCGGAAAAUCUUCGCCACCUUUUGGCUCCUCCGAGUUUGGUCUCAGAUGAAAAGAUUUUCUGCAAUCAUGGGUACUUUCAUAAAUUAAGUUUUUGCUUUUAUUUUUUCCCCUUUUGGUUCAUCAACAUCAUCGAUGAAGCUUUGAGCUUCAUCUCUGGACGUAAAUGAACAUUUUUCCGGCGACCAUUGGUAGUUUCAGAAAGGGUUUCUUGUUUUCGUGCACUGUAGAGGAGGCUUAGGAGCCCAGAGUCCGGGUGUAAUUGAAGAGUUUUUCAGGCCUUAAGAGGCACAUUUAUAAAUUAGAAUCUUUCAGGUGUACGGAAAUAUAUUUUUUCUGAUCAGGGUGUAUCUGAAAAGUUCUCCGGCGAUCAGCGGUUGUUUUGUUAACUAAGAACUCCACGGGGCGCUAUAAAUUUUCAACAAGAAGAGGAAAAUGAGUCAGAAUCGUGUGCAACCGAGUCACGACCCGGUCAAAAAGCUCAAAUUAUUCUCUCCUCUCGACAAACCGUGCGAUAUUUUCGCGAGAAUUUUCAUCCUCUCCUUUCUCGUCUCCUCAAUCUCGCUCGUCCUCUACACAGCCUUCUCCCCCCAAACCCACUCGCUCCGCCUCCGUUUCCCCGCCCCAAAACGAACCGUACCAGUGCCCGAGUCCAAACACGAUUUCGGUCCCACUAACAUCUCCCACAUCCUCUUCGGCAUCGGCGGAUCAGCCGCGACAUGGAAGGAUCGCAGCCGCUACAGUUCUCUCUGGUGGGACGCAAACAAAACCCGUGGUUUCGUCUGGCUUGACGAAAUUCCUGAAUACAAAAUUAACGACCGCCCCGAAAUAUCGGUACCGCCUUAUCGGGUUUCGUCUCCGGAAUGGACUAAGUUCAAAUUCUCGAGCUCGAGAUCGGCGGUGAGGAUAGCGAGGAUAAUAAGCGAUAGCUUUAGAUUGAAUUUACCUAGCGUGAGGUGGUUCGUGAUGGGAGACGAUGAUACGGUGUAUUUCACAGAGAACUUAGUUUCGGUGUUAGCUAAACAUGAUCACAAUCAGAUGUGGUACAUUGGAGGGAAUUCAGAAAGUGUUGAGCAAAAUGUGAUGCAUUCGUAUGAUAUGGCAUUUGGCGGUGGAGGAUUCGCGAUCAGCUAUCCAUUAGCAGAGAAAUUGUUCAACAUACUGGACGGUUGUCUUGAUCGGUACUAUUAUUUCUACGGUUCUGAUCAGAGGAUCUGGGCGUGUAUCAGUGAGAUCGGUGUGCCGCUCACCAGAGAACAAGGGUUCCACCAGUUUGAUAUUAGAGGGAAUGCAUAUGGUCUUCUGGCAGCACACCCAGUAGCCCCACUUGUAUCCCUCCAUCACCUUGAUUAUGUGGAUUCAUUGUUUCCAUACAAGAACCAAACGGACUCCCUCAAGUCUCUCAACCGUGCAUACCGAUUAGACCCGCCCCGUAUCCUUCAACAAACCUUCUGCCAUGACUACAACCGCAAGUGGUCAAUAUCAAUAGCAUGGGGCUAUACUGUUCAACUUUACCCCUUCUUAUUGCCGGCCAAGGACUUGCAAACGCCAUUGCAGACAUUCAAAACAUGGAGGAGUUGGAGUGAAGGGCCAUUCACAUUCAAUACCCAACCCAUGAAGUCUGACCCAUGUGAACUUCCUGUUGUUUUCAUGCUGGAGCAGGCUGAGGAAGUAGGCCAGAGUGGGUCCAUGACUAGUUACCAGAGGCUUGAGCCCAGGCCAGAGAGGAAGUGUAACAGAACAGACUAUGCAGAAGCAAUGUCAUUGCAGGGAAUCAUUGUAUCAGCACUGAAAUUAGACCCAGAAUACUGGACUAAGGAUCAGGCAAGGCGAAGACAGUGCUGUGAUCUUAUGGGAGGCAUAAAGAACAACAAUAUGCAGAUUAGGAUUAGAAAAUGCAGGCCUUGGGAAACUAUUACUACUGAGAGGUAGGUCAGCUCUUUAAUAUUUCUAAUGUAAAUAGUCAAUUUUUACAAUAAUGAACUAGGAAAAAGAUAAAAGUGAGAACAGAAUCCCUUUUUUACAAUUUUUUUGCUGAGGAUUGCAUAUUUUUAUCCGAGCAUCAUAUUCCUAUCA